AUGAGGCGUCGAGCAGGCAAGAGGUGCGCCGGACCAGCUGACGGCUACGCGAUGGCUGGUUGGUGGCCGGCAGUCGGUCUCACCCUCUCUGGGCUCCACGCCUGCUCGGCGCUUCUCGACGGUGGCGCUGUGCUGAUGGCCUCAGACUACUUCGGCGAGAGGAACACGCGCGUAUGCGCCAUUUACGCCUGCAGUACUUACGACAGCUACCGGCUCUGGAAGCACUUCUCGGCGCGCCAUGACACGUGGCUGCUGGCAGCGCCUGCCGUCCAUCGCAUCCCGGUCGGCAGCAGCGCCGCCGUCUUCCUCGACCACGACUGUGCAGCCAACCGGUGGAUUUUCUCGCUUAGUGUGGAGCUGGGCCUCCUGAACACGUCGAGUCACUGGUUGGUGAGGAGCAGAGGUCCCCCGCCUCCAGGCCUGGUCGUGCGCUUGGACAGUGACGUCACGUGGGCCACCCCCCGUGCUUCUGGCGAUCUGCUGCUGCAGCAGCUGACCAGAGACCAUCUGGCGGGCACCACUGUGCAGCGCCCGCUGGGGUCCUGGUCACCAGUUGCUGGCCUCGUUUGUCACGACCAUUGUCGCAGCCAGGGCUUCCGGAGGAACCUCUGGGGCCCCAUCCUGAGAGUCGGCACAGUGGUAACUGACCUGCCUCUCGAUAAUCUCGGACAGCGCCUCAGUGACGUCGAAGGGAAAUAUGUAGACACAAUGGCACGUUUUGGUUGGGGACUGACAAACAUUCUGUCACAAAAAUUAAAUUUCACAACAGUUCUGUACGCGACGGCGUCUUUCGGAUACAAGCGGCAGAGUGAAAACAACACGGUCGAUGGACUGGUGGGUAUGCUGGAGAGAGGGCUGGUCGACGUCGGAUCGGCGGGGCUGGUCAUGGUGGAAGACCGCCUCAGCCGCAUCGACUACGCCGGGCCCUCCCGCCUCUGGGUGUCAAAGAUCAUGUUCCGGCACCCGGCGGUGGUGACGGUGCAGGGCACGCUGUUCCGGCCGCUGGCGCCACGCCUCUGGCUGUGCGUGGUUCUGGUGUUCGCCGCACUGGCGCUGGUGGCGCGCGCCGUCUGCUGGGCGCACGGCCGGCCCACACUCCACGCCUGGGGGGACACGUUCCUGCUUGUCGCCUCUGCUAGCACUCGCAACCUACAUCCUCAAUUAUUUGCUUCACGUAUUCCAAUCUCUGUCUUCGUCUACAGCUAUUCUGUUCCGAAACUUCUGUUCGCAGGCAGCUCGCAGAGUGCAGACUGGCCCAGCUGGCGCAUCCUGCUGGUGGUCAGCCUGGUGUGCGCCAUGCUCCUGGACACGCACUAUUCCGCCGCUAUCGUCAGUUCUCUUCUUCUCCCGCCACCUAGGACCAUCAACACCAAGGAGGACUUGCUCCAAAGUCCACUAGAGUUUGGCAUAGAGAACAUCAGCUACGUCCACAACCUUAUAGAGAUGAGUGAGGACCCUGUGGUACGGAGUUUGUACCUGAAGAAGGUUGCGCCACCAGGCGCCGUUCGGUCAAACUACUUCUCCCUGGAAGAAGGCAUGACUAAAGUGGCCACCGAGAUGUUCGCGUUCCACUCGCAGGAGUUCCAGAUGUACCCUCUGGUGGAGAAGCUGUUCACAGAACACGACAAAUGCGCCCUCGUCACCAUUCCGCUUCUCGCACCGCGGAUGACCUACGUCGCGGUGGGCAAAAACUCGCCUCUCAGGGAGACGUUCACGGUCGGGAUGCGCACGAUGUGGGAGCAGGGACACUUGAGCCACCUGCGCAUGCGCUGGAAUUCCAAGAAACCGUCCUGCAUAGACGACCGGGACUUCGCCAGCGUCGACCUGGCCACCAUUUCGCCCGCCUUCAUGCUGCUGGUUUCUGCUAUGUUGCUCUCCCUGCUCCUCUUGCUGCAAGAAAGCGCUAGGGCUAGGCCGACACACGAGAACAGACCAGCAAACUUUUCACAUUCAAGACCCAUGCAAGUGAAACAGGACACAGCUGAUCUGCAACUGAAUCCAAGCUCUGCGAUGGCAUCUCUAAGAAAGGAGGGACCUCUGUAUGAAACCGAGGCCUCAGCAGAGGCUGCUGCUGCCUGCUGUGCGGGGGUGCAGGCAACCAGCCCAUAG